UCCCUCCACCCUUCCUUCGUCCCAGAGAAACGAAACCCUAGAAUCCCAAAUCCCCAAAUCACUUCAUCAAUCGACCUCUAAUCUUCAAUUUUUGUAUCUUUGUUGUAGAAGUAUUGAAGCUCCGCGUAGCUACAACUACUUGUACCUCAAAGAUUCAAGACUUGGAUUGCCGAGAAAGCCCUCUGAUUUCUUCUGCAAUUUUCAAUCUUUCUCAAGGUAACACCUUUCCUAUUUUAGUAAUUUUAUAGUAUUCACGCACAUUGCUUCUUUCUGCUGUUUUGGGAAUUAGGGUUUUCGAAAAAGAAAAAAAAAUGGUAAAUUUUCGCAGUUUUAUUUAUUCCUUUUCCGUAUUGGAGUAGGAAAUCCAGAUUGAAUGAGGAUUUGCAAUAGUAAUCAAACUAGGAAUUGGGAAAUAGUAUAUAAGAGUGAGAAGAAUAGGCUGUGAGAAAGCUGUGAUUGACAAUGGGGGUUCCGGCUUUCUAUAGAUGGUUAGCGGAGAAGUAUCCGCUUGUGGUUGUAGAUGUGGUGGAGGAGGAACCGAUUGUGAUUGAUGAUGUUUCGAUUCCGGUUGACACCACGAAACCGAACCCGAAUGGUCUUGAGUUUGACAAUCUUUACUUGGACAUGAAUGGGAUUAUUCAUCCUUGUUUCCACCCCGAGGACAGGCCGAGUCCGACUACUUUUGAUGAGGUGUUUCAGUGCAUGUUUGAGUAUAUAGAUAGGAUUUUUGGGAUGGUACGGCCGAGAAAGGUACUGUACAUGGCCAUUGAUGGUGUUGCCCCUAGGGCGAAGAUGAAUCAGCAGAGGUCGAGGAGGUUUAGGGCUGCGAAAGACGCGGCGGAUGCGGUGGCUGAAGAAGAGAAGCUUCGGGAGGAGUUUGAAGCGGAGGGGAGGAAGCUUCCGCCAAAAUUGCAGUCGCAAACUUUUGAUUCCAAUGUCAUUACUCCUGGAACUCCUUUUAUGGCUGUUUUAUCAGUUGCAUUGCAGUACUAUAUUCAUCUUAGGUUAAAUAAUGAUCCUGGAUGGAAAAAUGUUAAGGUUAUCCUUUCUGAUGCAAAUGCUCCGGGUGAAGGGGAACACAAAAUUAUGUCAUAUAUUCGUCUUCAACGAAACCUUCCUGGUUAUGAUCCAAAUACGCGUCAUUGCCUGUAUGGUUUGGAUGCUGAUUUAAUUAUGCUGGCUUUGGCUACACAUGAAGUUCAUUUUUCAAUUCUGCGAGAGGUUGUUUUCACUGCCCAGCAAGACAAAUGCUUCCUUUGUGGUCAGAUGGGUCAUUUAGCGGCAGGUUGUGAAGGAAAGGCAAAACGAAAGGAUGGAGAUCAGCUUGAUGAUGAUCAGAAAGGUACUGGUGCUGAGGUUGUGGCCAAGAAGCCGUACCAGUUUCUCAACAUUUGGACUCUUAGAGAAUAUUUAGACUAUGAGAUGCGGAAUAUUCCCAAUUUCCCAUUUGAGAUUGAUCUUGAGCGCAUUGUGGAUGAUUUCAUAUUCAUUUGUUUUUUCGUUGGAAACGAUUUCCUGCCACAUAUGCCUACUCUGGAGAUUCGUGAGGGUGCAAUCAACUUGCUUAUGGCUGUAUACAAAAAGGAAUUUCAUGCACUGGGUGGAUAUUUGACUGAUUCAAGCAAGCUGAAUUUAAGUCGGGUGGAGCAUUUCAUUCAGGCAGUUGGUUGUUAUGAAGACAAAAUAUUCCAGAAACGAGCUCAAUUGCAUCAGCGGCAGGCACAAAGAAUAAAGCGUGCCAAGGUGCAAGUUCCCCAAGUUCAGCCAGAUUCUUUAGUUGCAGUUAAUCGAUUUCAAGGUUCUCGUCUUGCUUCAGGUCCUUCUCCUGCACCCUAUCAACAGUAUUGUAGAUCAUCUGGUAGAGGAAAUCCUGAAAAAGUUGCACGCUUUUCUUCAGAGGCAUCAAGUAUUGGUGCUGCUAUUGUUGAAGCUGAGAACAGCAGUGCUCUAGAUGUUGAAGUACAUGAAAAUAAAGAAGAUUUAAAAGCAAAGCUCAAAGAGAUUCUUCGCGAGAAAUCUGAUGCUUUUAACUCUAGAAAUCCCCAAGAAGAAGACAAGGUUAAAUUGGGAGAACCUGGAUGGAGGGAUAGGUAUUAUGAAGAAAAGUUUUCUACAAAAACUCAAGAAGAACGUGAAGCAGUUCGUAAAGAUGUUAUCUUGCGAUACACGGAAGGCCUGUGUUGGGUGAUGAACUAUUAUUAUGAAGGGGUUUGUUCAUGGGAGUGGUUUUACCCCUAUCAUUAUGCACCCUUUGCUUCUGAUCUCAAGGACCUAGGUCAGCUAAAGAUAAGCUUCAAUUUGGGCACUCCCUUUAAACCCUUCAAUCAGCUGUUGGGGGUUUUCCCAGCUGCAAGCGCCCAUGCCCUUCCUGAACAAUACAGAAAGUUAAUGACUGAUCCAAACUCGCCUAUUAUUGACUUUUACCCUACCAACUUUGAAGUGGAUAUGAAUGGGAAACGGUAUGCGUGGCAGGGUAUUGCAAAAUUGCCAUUCAUUGACCAAGGUCGUCUUCUGUCUGAGGUUGGGAAAAUUGAACACACAUUGACAGAGGAGGAAACCCGGAGAAACUCCAUGAUGUUUGAGAUGCUCUUUGUUUCAUCUUCUCAUCCUCUCUCUGUAUGCAUAUACCUUCUCGACGAUUGUUGUAGACAGUUGACAGACAAAGAUCGAGUUGAGGUUAAGGAACAAAUUGAUCCCAAAUACAGUGAAGGGAUGAAUGGUUAUCUAUCUUCAUGUGCUGGAGAGUCUUGUCCUCCUGUUUUUCGGUCUCCUGUUAAAUGCAUGGAGGAUAUCAUGGACAACCAAGUCAUCUGCUCAAUAUAUAGCCUACCAGAAGUACAUAAGCAUAUAACUCGACCGCCUGCAGGUGUUGUUUUCCCCAAGAAGACUGUGACGGUGGGGGAUCUGAAGCCUGCACCUGUUUUAUGGCAUGAAGAUUCUGGGCAGAACCCCCCUGGAACCACUUCACAAAGACAGCUUGGGGAUGCCGCACAUCGACUGGUUGUUAAUAGCUUACAGGUGAAGGUAGACAACAUUAGCUAUGGCAAUCAAAUGCAUGCCCUUCGACCACUAUCUCAUGCGGGGCCUCAAUAUUACCCACAACACCCUUCCUACAAUGAUCAGGGACUACUUGGAAUGCCACCACCUAGAACAUUGCAGCAUCCUCAAGGAAUUCUGGGCACGCUCAUUAUCAAUCAGGAAGACAUGAGAAUGGUGGGCUCAUUUACCCCCAGAGACCUAUUACACAAGCUCCUUCAGGGUUGAGACCUGGUCCUUCUCAUGGUGUCUAUAACAAGUAUCAGAGUUACCAGCCAUCUGGAGCACCUCGUUAUCAAAGAUUUUGAUGGCUGGAUUCUAGACUACUCAGAAUACGGGCAGAGGAUAUGACGCAGAGGAAAGAGAGUAUGUUCAUUGAAUUAGGUUCAGGACAUUAAUUUCUUGAUUAGAUUAGCACGUUGUCACUUAUUUCUUAAUGUACAUUAACCAUAGGCACGGGACUAUUUUUUUUUGUUUUCAUCAGUGACU